CGCGGGCGGUCGCGGGAGGCGGCGGCGCGGAGGCUCGGAGGUGCCGGGCCCUCUCUGGGCUGCGCGGGGUCGGGGUGGCGGCGGCGGCGACAAGAGCCGGAGGAGGAGAAGGGAGGCGUCCGUGCAGCCUGUUCGCGCAAGCCGGAGGGGACAUGGACGGCGAUCGGACCGAGAGCGACUGGCAGGGGCUGGUGAGCGAGUACCUGGUGUGUAAACGGAAGCUGGAGAGCAAGAAGGAGGCUCUACUGAUCCUCUCCAAGGAGCUGGACACCUGCCAGCAGGAGAGGGACCAGUACAAGCUCAUGGCCAAUCAGCUGCGAGAACGACAUCAGUCCCUGAAGAAGAAGUAUCGAGAGCUGAUUGAUGGAGAUCCAUCACUUCCCCCUGAAAAGAGGAAACAGGCUAAUCUUGCGCAGCUGCUGAGAGAGUCACAGGACAGGAAUAAACAUCUGGGAGAAGAGAUUAAAGAACUUCGGCAGAGGCUUGGCGAGGUCCAGGGUGACAAUAAGCUGUUGAGGAUGACAAUUGCUAAACAAAGGCUCGGAGAUGAAGAAAUUGGCGUGAGGCACUUUGCAGCCCAUGAGCGGGAAGAUUUGGUUGAGCAGCUGGAGCGGGCUAAGGAACAGAUAGAGUCAUUAGAGCAUGACCUACAGGCUUCAGUGGAUGAACUUCAGGAUGUUAAGGAAGAACGGGCUUCCUACCAGGACAAAGUGGACAGGCUGAACCAGGAGCUCAACCACAUCCUGGGUGGUCACGAGAACCGAAUCAUCGAUGUGGAUGCUCUGUGCAUGGAGAACAGAUAUCUCCAGGAGAGACUGAAACAACUGCAUGAGGAGGUCAGCCUUCUGAAAUCCAACAUAGCCAAGUACAAGAAUGCUCUCGAGAGACGGAAAAAUUCCAAGACCCAAGGCAAAUCCAACAGUAGUGCUCUGACUGGGGUCUUGUCUGCGAAACAAGUUCAGGAUCUGCUCUCUGAAGACCACGGGUGCAGCCUCCCAGCUACUCCUCAGUCCAUCGCUGACCUGAAGUCUCUGGCCACUGCCCUGCUGGAGACCAUCCAUGAGAAAAACAUGGUCAUUCAGCACCAGAGGCAAACCAACAGAAUCCUUGGGAAUCGAGUGGCAGAGCUGGAGAAGAAACUAAGGACUCUGGAAGUUUCUGGUUUGUGGAGUCUUCCAGGCCUGAGCUACAAUGUUUCAGUCGGAUUUGGGAGGGGCAAGGACACCAUAUUGCUCAGUGACCAGACUCUCCCUACCAUACAGAAGUCAAAGUCCCCACUGCUGAAGUUUGUGGAACAGCCCACUGAGAGCAAGGAGAGUGCCAGGGAUGGGGAGAUUCAGACGCAGGAACGAGAUGAAAGCCGUGCAGCUGCUGAGGCGCUGACAGUGCCUGAGGAUGCUGGGAGGCCUGCUGUCAGCUCCCCAGCCCCACCGAGCAACGCGAACCAGCACUCGGACUUUCAUCAUCCUCCAGUACCCCAGCCACUAUCAGAAGAAGUAAACACGGUGGGAGGAAGGGAGAUCACUCAACUGACUGAUGGACAGGAAGCUACAGACCUGGAGGAGGUCCCAAGGGAGGCUCCCACGGAGGAACAGAGGUGUGAGCCACAGCCGUCCCCAUCUAGCCUCUCCCAGGAGGAAUGCAUCGUAACUCUCCAGGACCACUUGCCUUCCAUGCAGCCAGAGGUCAAAGCAACCAGCACGGGAGGUGACAGAGGCAUCUCAGAGGGUGGAGACACAAGAAGCACUGUGCAAACAUGAGGGGGAGAGAGACUGACAGGGUGACACACUGAAGGCACUGGGGACAGCGAGGAAAGGCUACGGCCUCAGAACAAUCAUCCAAGGCACUUUCUGCUAAACACCUUCCUGUCUGCAAAUGAGAAAACACUCUGAGCCUGCUACGAGCUGGGAACACCCAAUGGUGCCAGCCCUGUCUGAUUUAUUAAAGCUGGCCUGUGAGCUUCUCGGUGUCACCUCUGUCUGCUGAAGACGUGCUGCUGUGAACAUGGCUGGGCAAAGGAAUCGUGGUUGCCAUAUGGCUGCCUUCCCACAUCCCUCUUCCUGUCAGCAUUUGUUUUAUUAGAGAGAAGAUGUUUUUCUAUUAGCAUUUAAUGUUGUCCAUCAAGAUGAUGGGACAAGCUAGGAAAGCAAGGGUUUUUUUCUCCGCCCCUGGGUCUCCGUCUUGGGAAUAGCUAGGUGGCUGGAAGGAAAGAUGUAAUUGAAUGAAAUGUGUUCAUGAGGCUAGGGCUACACUUUGUCAUGUAGUGGUCUCGGAGGGUCCCCCAGCAAUGGGGAGUCUUGGCACCCAGUGUUUCACAGUGGCGGGUGGGAGGGACAAGAGCAGGCUGAGAACGUUAGGCUGCAGGUAGGAGAGGCUGUUUGUUGACUGAGUGCAGAUCUGAGUGUUCUAGCCUAGGUCUGGAGGUUUCACUGGUCAGGAGGGAUGGGUAACAAGUAGCUGCCAGAAGUAGGGGACCUUUUAGUGGUAAUCUGAUUUUUGUGUUAUUGUUAUUUAGAUAAUAUUAGAAAUACUAGGCUGUCUUCAUCGGAUGGUGUGGUUAUCUGGGGUUUGGGAAAAGCUUACUGUUAUCCCAGUUUCUUACACCACCGAAGAAUCUGAAAGCAUUCUCUCCAUCAGCAGAAUUUUCCAUAUAGGCCCCCAGCAUCCAGAAUUGAUCUCAGAAACUCCAGGUAGAAGGAGAAGCUCAGAGGAGAAAUGUGUUCCCAUUCAUCCUAAAACCUGGGACUCUUGGGGACAAGGACACACCUUCUGGUGGGAGCCCCAAUGCCCUGUUUAUCCCUCGUAUUUCAGUCUGUCCCCUGCCCCUGAAGGCCAGUCCUCUAGGGAAGGAGGCCCUGAGGCUGUAAGUUUACACGUACCAAUAGUCCUGAAGGUGCCUUUUGUGCUAUAUGGGGGCCAUAGCUGGCUUUCAGCUGCACAUGGUCAGUAUUACUACAGAGGACAACGGAAUGGCCAAGGGAAACCCAGCCAGAUGUGACUCAGUAAAAAGAAAAUAAACACUCUCACCCCCCAGAAGCUCUGGUUUGGACGAAACAGGUAUACUUCUUUGUGGCCAGUCUUCACUUUCAGGUAACAGGGGUUUAUAGUAAACUCUAGCAGAGUCUAGAAAGGCAAGAAACUGCAGUGAGUCUCAGGGUUUGUGCUCUAGGGAGCCAGGAUAAUAGGGGUCCAUAGCUUGAGCUCAAUAGAUGCAGCCAGCACAGGAGGCACCUGUGUUAUUAGAUGGGGUGAGCCAGUAAGUUGACAUUGUUAUAAAUAUGUAACUAUGACAACAACAUCCCUAGUUCUGCUGUGUCUACCCAACAUGAUUCUUCUAUUCUGCAGACAUUAAAGAGAGUCCAGUCACUA